UGCUAUCGAAGGUAAUGAUAAUUAAUAGAGCACAAAGGGUUUCGACAAAUCAUGGAAUCAUCAAGACCGCUGGUCCUCGAGCCUUUCGGAGUGUUGCACCCAAUCCUUCAAAAGCUGCCAGAAUUUCUAGUGCGAAGGCUGAUCCGCCGCGGUGUGGCAACGCAGCUGCGCUACUUGUAUGGAUUGUCCGCUGAAGAGCAGCUCCAGGGCCUUGUUAAUUUCGUCCAGAAUGCCAAGCAAAUGCCCGUCAUGGAAGCAGGGGGCUCUUUCCGGGACGAGAUUUACGAUGUUGACUUCUUCAAACUCCUGCUUGGAAAGCAUCUCAAGUACAGCUGCUUGCUUUACGAGGAUCCUUCGUUCACGGACGAGCAAGCUGAGGAAGCCAUGUUUAAGCUGUGUUGCGACAGAGCACGCAUCCAGGACGGGCAGCGUAUCUUGGAUCUUGGAGGCGGCUAUGGCGGACUGGUUAUGUAUAUCGCGCAGAAGUUUCCUUCAUGCCAGAUUACUUCCAUAGCCGAUUCAAGAGUCCAAACGGAGCACAUCCGAGAGGAAUGCAGAAAAAGAGGCCUGGUAAACGUUGAGGCGAUUGAUUGCGACAUAACAAGCACCAAAAUCACACAGACUUUUGACAGGAUCUUCUGCAUCGGCGUUUUCGAGCACAUGAUAAACUAUCAAAAGUUUAUGAAGAUAGUGUCUGAUCUUACGAGCGAAGGAGGUCUCCUCUUCGUGGAGCAUGUCUGUCACAAGCUAUUCGCAUACCGUACGACAACGGGCAACAGGAUGCUGGCAGACGCAUUGCCACUGUAUUUCCAGGACGAUUUUGUGAUACUGGAUCAUUGGCGAGUAAAUGGAACCCAUCAAGGACGAUCUUGUGAAGCCUGGAUGAGAAAUCUGGAUGCCAAAUUCGACCAAGUUAGCGCCUUGUUUGCAAAGGCUUAUGGGGAGGACAAUGCAAGCAAGAGGCUGGCAGGCUUUAGAUCAAACCUCCUCCUGGGCGCGGAAAUGUUCAGCUACAACAAUGGACAGGAAUGGUUUGUUUCGCACAAGCUCUUCCAAAAGAGAGCCUAAUUUCUACGCACUUAGACAUGGUUUGCAAACAAUAUAAUUCCUAUCAAGAUUUUAGUGCCGAGACUCACACAUGAAACCCAAGGUUGCUAACCACGGCCAAGCCAAUGGGCGGACAACGCGUGGACUACAUAUUCCUCUCUUUACGUUCUUAUUGGAUGGCCCAUAUCUCUCUGUUGUUCCUAGGCGAGGAGGAGGAGGGUAUGGCGUAACGAGGUUUGCUUCCGCCAUUUACUACUGGCAGCUCCGGCGGCGCUCUCGAUCGAAGUCUAAGAAAAAGCAAAAUGCCGAAAGGAAGGGUCUCCACCAGCGUGAAUUCCCCGACCGUGGACAUCGUAAUUGACAUGGGGAACCCAUUCCUAAACAGGACUGUGGAUGGAUUCUUCAAGAUUGGAGCUGUCAGUGCAGGACAUGCAGCUGGCCAGGAAGCUUACAAAGUUCUCAAGAAACGUAAGUACCCCUCCAGGUGUUAUUCUAUUUGGUGGUAUUUUUUUCUUCUCAUUUUCUCUAGAGACUGUCACCAAGCAUGAUCUCGAGUAUACGCUCAAGCGAAUGGGAAAAGACGGGUUACACUGGGGUAACUUUUAAAGUUCAUGACUCAAUCGAAGCUAUCCUUCUUUUUUUUUUUCUUUUUUUUUGUUUGUUUUUUCUGGUUUUCUCUCGGGAACGGUUUUUAGGAGCCAUCGCGGGACUCUAUACGGGAAUGGAGUAUGGAAUUGAGCGAGUUCGUGGGAAGCACGACUGGAAGAACGCAAUGCUUGGGGGUGCCGUGACUGGAGCGCUCGUGAGCUUUGGGGAGCAUCGCUACAGCCGUGACAAGAUGGUCCAGAACGCCAUCGCUGGGGCCGCCAUCGCCACGGCCUCGGAAUUCCUGCGUCAUCUUACGUGAGCGAAGCUUUCGCGACCCGAUUCAAGUACGCUAACAUCACGGCCAUGACACCAACAUGUCUAGAGCAGCGCCUAUUAGAAUCUGGUCAGAAAAGUUGGGAAAGAACUUUCGUGAACUUGGAAGGACUUCUCACCAAAUAAGAACUUAUCUUUUUUUCUUUC